ACAGCUAAUCGUCAUUUGCUCAGAGCUCUGGCUCAGGCAGGUGGAGGAACAUAUGAAUUUUUUGACACAAAGAUGAAACACACUUGGACAGAGAAGGUGCACGCUCAGGUUCAGCGUAUUGAGUCUCCAGGCUGCAGAUCAGUGGCAGUGAAGUGGCAGCAGUUUAGUCCCACAGCGCCCCGUCCUGUUCAAGCCCCUUCACAGCUUCACGCCCUCUUCAGUGACUGUCACUCUCUGAUAUUCGGCUUUGUGCCACACUGCACUCAGGCCACACUGUUUGGUGAUUUGAGUGGACAAGAGAUCAAAACAAUGGUUUCCACCACAGAACUACAAAAGACAAAGGGAACUUUCCUUCACAAGUUAACAGCAAGAGCGAUCAUCAGAGACUAUGAAGAUGGCAUUCUAGGCAACAGUGAGGCAGAACACGAGGGAAAGAAAGCAGAGCUGAAGUCCUACAUCACUGAGCUCAGUAAAGAGUUCUCCAUCUUGUCCCAGUUCACAAGUUUUGUCGCCAUUGAAGAGAGGGACCAGAAUGAGCUUGACACUGGAUUCACAGAUAUUCCUAAAAUCAUCUCAGAGGAGGAUGUGGAUAUUUUGCCAUAUAUGGGCUGGACUGAAGAGAAGCUGAAGGCCACGCAUAUUAUUGGUGCUGAAGAUGAUGAUAUGGAAUCAGAAGAAUUGUUCAGUAGCAGCUCCACGUUUCAUGUUUUGGAUACGGAUUGCAUGGAAGGAUACAUUUGGAAUGAAAUAUCUAGUGAAAUUGAUCAUUGCGAAAUGGAGGAUGCUGAGGGAUCUAGUAAUUAUUUUAUAGAUGGGUCUGCAGCUCCCCCUAACCCUCAGCUAAUAUCCAGAUCUCAUGCUUCUUGCUACAGUACCAUCCAGAGUCCUUCUCAUUCUGAGCGUAGCACUGACGUUUUCAUAGGCUCACGCAGGCAUUCUGCAAAUUUGGAUGUGUUUGGUAUUACUGCUCCACUUGACCUCUCUGCUAUAUCUGCUCCAAAGUCUCACCGUCGCCGGGCGUCCGCUCUGACUGUUAGUGCCAUCAAGUCCAUACCUUCCUCCAUGAGUGACAGGCCUCCCCUUCACGCUGCCGUAAUGCCUCCUUAUGAUUCCUCCAUGAGUGACGAGCAUCUCUUUUACUGUACUGCUGCAGUGCCUUCUUUCCUUCAGUAUCCUCCUAUUUUUGCAUCAGCAGACUCUCUGUCCAGAGAUGACAGCCUUCCUCCUGUUAGUGCCAGUGUGCAAAGUACUAGCUCCAUGUAUAAAAGACGUCCCAUUUUACAUGCCAGCAGUGCACAUGUCAUACAGUUUGCAGGUCCUCCUGAUUCUACUAAUCUUGCAUCCACACGGUCCAUGUUCACGACUCCCCUGCCACCUCCUCCUCCUCCUCCUCCUCCUACUUCAAACAUGAUGGCUGCUGUCCCUGCAUUCUAUUCUCAGUUGCACUUUCCCCCUACAUUUAGUGACUGCAGUAGUAGCCCCACACUUUUGAGUGAGUCUCUGAGUUUGUGUUCCUCAUCAGUUGGACAUUUCUUUGAAGCAUCUCGUCAACAACAAGCACAACAGCAACAAGUGCUGCAAGGUGUGCAACUACAACAAAUACAUCUGAGUUCUACGAGUUCUGCACCUGCUACAGACAGUUUCACUUUUGAGUUUGACACUUCUCGAUAUAAGGGAAAAAGAGUAAAGGCACAUUUCGCACCACCUCACGACAGCUUGCCAAAAAUGAGAAGAAAAUAUGACACAGUGGCCUGGAAUGAGCUGUUUGAACUUCAAGAUAAGGAUGGAUACUGGGAGUGCACUGACAGGCUGAGCAGCUUCCUCAACCUGGACGUAGACUUUUUUGCCAAUGUCUUCCUUAAGGAGAAAGGCAUCCGUUCUUUUGGUAAGAUUUUUUACAUGCCUGUUGCUGGUCUGGUCCAUAUUGUAGCUUAUUCUCGACAAGAACCGCCCACUUAGACAGGAAGAGACAUC